GCGAAUUGAAAACGCCAAUAGGCUGUGUUCUCUUUUAAUGUCAGUCCACAAUAAGUAUUUUAAGCCUCAAGCCUUAAGAAAUUGACUAAUCACACAGUCGAAUGUGAAGGGAAUAAUGGCGUUUUCGAUUUGCUGACUCGAUUCGGGAACGAUAGGUGUGAUAUAUCGAAAAUUGCCAUCUUGUCUCCGUACGAGAAAGUAACGAUCUUCGAAAUCUUCUAGUGCAAUAAGUUGAAGUGAGAAAACAUAUACUUGUAUACGACAAUAAUAAUAGUAGACAAACAACAUGCAGAAACAAUAGAGUAAUGCAAUGUGAGUGAGUUAAAGUGCUUGAUUUUCUGGUUAUUGUGACUUCUCAAUUUUCCUAAACAAGAAAAUUACAUCAAAGUGAAUAAUCUGAGUCGUUUGACGCAUCAAUGUUUAUCUAAAGUGGAUGAUAACAACGUCCAUUAAAUCUCAUUAAGCGAAAUAAAUGGAUGAAAAUAUAAAGAAGGCUGGUUUAUUUGCUGCUGCCAAACAUUUAGCAGAUAGCGAGGUUGAGUUAAUAAAAGUAAUUGGAAACUCUAGUAAGUACCAGAAUCAAAGAACUGCUGGCAAUAUGCCUGCUAAUGGAAAGAAAAUGAAAAAGCCUGGGAAAUCAGAGAAUGUCCAUCCUUCUCCAGCAUUAUUAGCUGCUAAACGAGAAGCAGCACAGCGACAGCUUUUGUUAGGAAAGAAAUUAAAUAACAAUUUUGUACGAGAUAUAUAUCAGAAAGCCACUGAUGCGUAUGAGACAGUGCGCAAGGACACUGGUCUUGUAUUUGAUCAGAGCAUGACAGAGCAUGAAUGUCUUUGGGAUCCAGAUUAUGCCGAAUGUCCAGCAAGGUUUACGCGAGUCUUACAGAGAUGUGAAGAAUUAGGUUUGGUGCAACGGUGUAAACUCAUCAAAGCAAGACUGGCAACAGAGAGUGAGAUUUUGAUGAAACAUAGUCAAAAGCAUAUUGAUAUUCUGAAAGCCACAGAUGGCUGUACAGACUCUGAAAACUUGGAACUGUUGUCGUCCAAAUAUGACUCUAUCUAUGUGCAUCCAUCUACGUAUAAAUUGUCUUUACUGGCUACAGGCUCAACAAUUAAUUUGGUAGAAAGCAUCUGCAAGGGUAAAAUGCAAAAUGGUAUGGCUAUUGUCAGACCACCAGGCCAUCAUGCGAUGAAAUCAGAGUAUUGUGGUUACUGCUUCUUCAAUAAUGUAGCACUCGCAGCAGAGAAAGCUCUGUCUUCAAAUUGGGCGAGUAGAAUUUUAAUUGUCGACUGGGAUGUUCAUCACGGACAAGCGACACAACAAAUGUUUUACAAUGACCCACGUGUAGUCUAUUUUUCGAUACAUCGUUAUGAAUAUGGUGAAUUUUGGCCCAAUCUAAGGGAAUCUGAUUUUCAUAAUAUCGGAGAAGAUCUCGGAGAGGGUUACAAUUUCAAUAUACCUCUGAACAAAACUGGCAUGACAAACGCUGAUUAUAUCGCCAUUUUUCAGCAAGUUUUACUACCAAUGGCUUAUGAAUUUUGUCCAGACCUGGUCAUUAUUUCCGCUGGUUUCGAUGCCGCGAUUGGUGAUAACAAGGGUGAGAUGUUAGUGACUCCUGCGUGUUAUUCGCAUCUACUUUCAUCAUUAUUAAGUCUGGCAGCUGGAAAAGUCGCCGUCGUUUUGGAGGGUGGUUAUUGUUUGAAAUCUUUAGCUGAAGGAGCAGCACUGACUUUAAGGACUUUGUUGGGUGACCCAUGUCCUGUUCUCCAAACGCUCGAGUUACCCUCAUUGAGUAUACGAGAUACCAUUUUGAAUGUAAUCUACGCACACCGACAGUACUGGAACUGUUAUCAGUAUCAAGACUCACAUAGCAUUAACACCGUGACCCACAACAAAGAGGAGAUUGCUAAUCAACAUGUAGUUACAGUUACAUACAAGGGCAGUCCGACUAAACCGGAAAAGUACGAGACUCGAAAUUGCUACCCUAAAUUAAACAAAGAAAUUUUCGAAGCACUGGAUAAGAAACUGAACGAAUUAAUACAAUUUACUAAUUUAUACAAAGCACCGCAUAAGGUAUGCAUCGUCUACGACGAAAGGAUGCUAAAGCACUGCAAUAUUUCUGACAGUUCUCAUCCGGAAAUGCCAACUCGUAUCUCCAGCAUCUACAGGAAUCACGAGGAGCAUGGUUUGCUAGAACGGUGCCACUUAUUACACGGAAGAAACGCAACGAUGGAAGAACUAUCUUUGGUUCAUUCGAAAGAUUACAUCGACCGUAUCAAAAAUACGGCGACAAUGAAACGUAAGGAAUUAGAGGAAGAAGCCGCUGGUUACAUUUCCAUUUAUCUCCAUAAAGAAACAUGGCCAAGUGCCUGCAUGUCUGCCGGGUCCCUCUUGCAAGUAGUGGACGUGGUUUUGAACGGGGAGUGUCAGUCCGGAGUAGCAAUCGUAAGACCUCCGGGACACCAUGCCGAGGAUGAUGAUGCAUAUGGUUUUUGUAUAUUCAAUAACGUGGCUGUAGCUGCAAGAUAUGCCAUACAAUUUCAUCAUGUAAAAAGGGUGCUUAUAGUAGAUUGGGACGUUCAUCAUGGGAACGGAACUCAAUCUAUUUUCGAAGAAGAUCCGAGAGUUCUGUAUAUAUCUGUCCAUCGUUACGAUAAUGGAAGCUUCUUCCCGAAUACCAAGGAUGGCAAUUAUACGAGCGUUGGCUUGGACGCAGGCGAGGGAUUCAACGUAAAUGUACCGUGGAACAAGAGGGGAAUGGGAGAUGCCGAGUACAUAGCAGCAUUCCAGCAGGUUGUAAUGCCUAUCGCUUACCAAUUUGACCCGGAGCUGGUUCUGAUCUCCGCUGGGUUCGAUGCUUGUGUGGGUGAUCCACUGGGAGGUUGCCACACGAGUCCAGAACUCUAUGGUCAUUUGACCCACUGGCUCUCAUCCUUGGCCAACGGUCGUAUAAUCCUCAGUCUCGAAGGAGGCUACAACAUCAACUCCAUCUCUCACGCGAUGACUAUGUGCACCAAAGCCCUUCUAGGCGACCCCUUGCCAAUGCUAGAACCCGGUCAGGUACCCUGCACCAGCGCGAUCAACUCCAUCAACAACGUGUUGAAAAUUCAUAAGAAAUUCUGGCCCAAUCUGCAAUACGAUAUGUCCUUGCCGAAGGAAAGGCUGCUUCCUAAACUCAAGUUGACUUCUAAGAGGGAAUCCUCGAAGAGGGACAAGAGGCUCGAAGAGCGAGGAAAGAAUGCGGAGAAACCGAAGCAAACGGAGUCGAAGAUCGCCUUGGAGGGGAUCGAGAGCGAAAAACUGGAACUGUGCCUGUCGAUCGAUAAGAACUGCCUGAACCUCGUGACGGACGAGGAGAUUCUGAAGUUGAGGAACGAAGUGGAAAACAUUAAAAUUAAGAAUUGCGAAAUUGACACGAUAAAAGGUGACUCCGACGAGACGAGGAGGAACGUCGGCUCGAAAAAGAACGAAGCGAAAAAUCCGGAUGUUUCGCAGAGUAUACAAAAAUGUGUGAACGAAACGAAACAGUCGAGGGACAACCAGCAGGGGAGUUCUAGCAUACACAACGACCACGACGAGGAAGGAGCGGCAGCGUUGCAACGUGAGACACGAGCUACGAACCUCCUGGACUAUCUUUCCGAUCAUCUUCAGGCUCUGACAGCGGGGGAAAUGUUCGCGGUGGUGCCUCUGCGAGACUGUCCACACCUGUCCGCGGUUAACGAAGUUCCCCCGAAUGGAAUCGACGUCACUCUACCCUGCACGGAGUGCACCAGCACCGCGGAGAAUUGGAUCUGCCUGCAGUGUUACACCGUGCACUGCGCUCGCAACGUCAAUCAGCACGCGAUGCAGCAUGCGGAGGAGUGCGAGCACCCUAUCGCCCUUAGCUUCGCCGACAUCUCUGUCUGGUGCUACGGUUGCGAAGCGUACAUCGAUAAUCCCCGAUUGUACCCAGCGAGAAAUGCGGCUCAUCAAAGCAAAUUUAACGAAGCGCUUCCCUGGACUUACAACGGGAGUAGCACGCAUGCAUCUUAAUUGAUUUGUAAACGGUAGAAGCGCGCAUUCUUCAAAUUUGGCAGAUAAAAGUUUGAAAGUAGAAAAUAUUUGGCGAAUAAUCCAAACUUAUGGCAAUCAAUAAGAUGCUACAUUUGUUUGAUCUAUAAUUAGUUUUUAUUAAAAUUAUCAAUUUUUUAUUUUUAUAAUUUCUGACAAUUUUAAAUUAGAAAUUUGGAAGCGAUAAUUAAUUGCAAUUAUUUUUAAUUAAAAUUCGCGCUAAUAGUUAUUAAAUAAGGAAAAUAUGAUUCCGUGAUCAAUGAAAGUCCGCUCAUGUUUUAUGAAAUAGCCAAAUUAGAAUCGGACAACAACAGGAAAAAACAGAAAUGGAAAAGCAAAUUAUAAACAUAAAUUUGCAAUAUAUGAAAUACUUAUUCGAAAUUUUAAGCGAAGAUGAUGUUAUAUGAGAGUAGAGCUUUUUUUCAUAAAUCCAAGAAUGAUGUUUUGUUUUCCAACGGAAUUUCGGUCUAGAAUACCGAGACUCCUAGAAAUAAUCAAACUAUAAAAAUGUCAAUAACGUACUAUAAAAUAAUUUAUUAAUUGAUUUCCCUAGAAAAUAUUUAGCUAUAUUAUUCACUAAAAAUACCUCGUAAUGACUGACCUGUAGAAAUAUACAGGGUGUCUGGAAAAAAUUCAGGAGUUCAGUAGAAUAAUGUUUAAAAUCUGUAGAAGAAAAAUGAUCUUCCUUUGUUCCCUUCAUAAACAAUUCAAUUAUUUAUUCUGUUAAUUGAUAAUAUUUUCUCCUCACUGAAAUUCUUCCGGCACACCGUAUUAUAUUUUUCUAUGUAGGAUAAUAUUAUGCACUAAAGAAAGAUAUAUAUAUAUAAGUAUAAAUAUAUAAAA